CACUAUGAGGAAGUGUAUGUCUUGCCUAGCUGAGAUUUUAGACACUUCUAUAUUUUGCAAGAAAUGUGGUGCAAAAGUUACCACUGCACCAGAGGUUUUGCCAAGGGUCAAACGUAAAUGUCCUGGCAAAGAUGGAUACUGUGGAAAUGAACUGGAUGCCGAUGACAUGUUUUGUGACAAGUGUGGUUUGAAAGUAGAUCAGUCUAUGUUUGAAAACCCAGAUUCUCAUAGUAUCACAAAGGGCAAGGAAACUGACUUAGCUGAUUGCCAGGGACAGGGCCAAGAUAAAGAGGUCAAAACAGAAACUGCAAAGGAAGAGUUGAAGCCACCAAUGUUGGAAGCUGUUUCCAGUACUUCUGAUUGUCCUGCUAAGUUUGGUGAAGAUGACAGUGAACCUGACACCCUAGACAGUCAGCCAGAUUCAUUGAUGUCAGAGGAAUCUAGAGAAAAAACAGCUCUGGGAGGAACAACAGAGGGAAACAAACCUAAGAAAAAGAAAAAGAAGAAAAAGAAAAAGAACAGUUCCAAGUUCAAGUGUGACAAAGAAGCAGAAAAUGUUGCUGAACAAACUACUAAUGCAUCAGCUGAUGAUCGACGAAGUGAUGAAAGUAGAGUUGAUCAGAAAACAAAAAUAAAUGUUUCUGUACAGGAGUCUUCAAGUGAUAUGAGUAAGACAGUAUCAGAUACAAACACACAGCAGCAAACUGUUGACAAACAGCUCUGUAAUGAGAAUAAUGGACAGUUAACAGUUAGCCAAGAUGUUUCCAUCUCAGAGAGUGACAUGGAGAAACCUGCUUCAGAUGCUGAUAAAGAAAAUAAUCAAGCAAUAAAAAUAGAUCAGUCAGGUUCUUCCAUCUCAGAAAGUGGUAUAAAGAAUCCAGUAUCAAAUGCUGUCAAAGAAAAUAAUCAUAUGAAAAUGGAUCAGUCAGUUUCUUCUAAAGUCGCUAGUGGUGACAAAACAACACUGGAGAUGCAGCAGCAAAGUGACUCUGCCCAAAAUAGGUCAGACGAAAAUGAAAUAUUUUACCCCCCAAACUUAAAUGACAAUAAUUCCAGUGCUACUGAUACUAACAAGACUCACGAGCUUGAAACUGAUGGAACAAGUCAUGAGAUGGUAUUUGGUAAUGAGAAGAGAACUGAUCAGCUGUCUGUGGAUAAAACUGAUAGUGAAAAUGAUGAAGGCAAUAAAACAGAUAACUCAACAGAAACGAAGGAGCAUAAAUUGAUGGUUUAUCCAGAAUUCAAAAAGUUGGGGAAAAAACAAAAAAAGAAGAAGAAAAAGAAUCAGAUAUCUGAAAACAAGAAUGUGUCACAAAAUGACCAGCAUGAUGAUUCACAGAUGAGACAAAAUCAGCCCAGAAUAACAAGUACAUUUGGUAAUGAAGUUGAGGUUGUGUUCCAUUGUAUAAUAUCGGACACCGGCAACAAUGAUCCAACAUCUGAAGAUAUUUGCAUGGCAUUUGAUCCAGAAGUAUUGCAUCACUGGAAAACUGAUAAAUGGAAAAUGACAAGAAUAGGACAGAAAAAAGACUACCAUGAAUAUAGUUUGUCAGUAAUGAUGUCAAAGACUUUACGUGAUAAAGGCUUUUAUUACAAGUAUGUUUUUGUGAAAAAGGAUCAGACAGAAUUUGAAUGUGUUCACUUUAUGCAAGUCAGAACGAAGGAGGAUGAUCCAAAUCGUCAAUUUCACUUACCAUUUUCAUCUGAUAAAACAUCUUCAGAUGUUUGGCACCAGUAUGAUGGCUUUGUUUAUCCUAAAUCAAGCACAAGUUUAUGGAACAAAGCUAAAGAAGCAGUAAAAAGUUUGUUCAAGGAUUUCAAUGAAAAAGUGAAAAGUGACACAAGGAAAGCUGCAGCACAUUUUCUUCCAUCUGCUAAUGAAAUAAUCCAGUCUUUAAAGGAGGACAAUAGUCAAGUCCAUGCUGAAGAAUUGUUGCGUGCUAUAUACAAUGUCAUGAACUCUUUGAAGAUUCAGAUGAUAGACUUACAUUCAGGAUCUGUUGAUUACAAUUUCUUUUAUGAAAGCUUUGGAGAAAUCAUGAAGCCUCUCUUUCAGGAGCUUUCAGUGUGUGUUGAAAGUGCAGGAAAGAAUGAAAUAUCUGACCAUGCAUUGUCUGUGGCAGUGUUCAUGCUAAUGAUCUGGAAAUACAACAAGAUUGAAAAGUGGAGCUAUUUGCAAUACAUUUCUACUUUUUUCAAAGCAUUAUUACUGCAAGCAGAUGCGGAGAGAAUGUCCUGUCCAAAUUAUGACCGUAUGAAAAAGAACUUCCCAAAUAAAGAAAAGUAUAUAUUAAAAGCACUGCGGGAAUUAAUUGAGCAACAUUCAGAUGACACACAGAAUGACUCAUCUUGGUUGUAUUCUCUUCCACUGCUUCAUUUUCUUGGUGGACAUUCUGAACCUUUCAAAAUAACAGAAUCAUGUGAACAUCAAAACGACAAGUGGUGGGGCAUUCUUGGGCUUGAAAGUGCAAAAGAGAAAAUGAAGAAGAAAACUGAAGGAUAUUCCUAUUCUAGUCACAGGCAACAUGGUUACAGCUACUCAAACUUUCUAGAGCCAGCAGAAUGGAGCAUCCCUGUACAGAAUAUUAUUGGAGAUCUACAGCACUUGUUUGAGGUUGACUAUCUUCUACCAAGGAGUAUCAUGGCAACCAUUACAAUGAGACAGCUUGAAAAUGCAAUAUCACCAGGACUAAUUCCACCAUACAUUGCUGCAGCAUGUCUGUUCUAUCAUUGUCGCAAGAUUAAAGGAACAAAUUAUAUGAACCAACUAUCCAGAGAUUUAUUCAUCAAACUAUUCAAAGAAAAUGCUGAUCAGUUUAAUGAAAGAAUUGAAAUUGAACUGUUACCUUCCAUAUCAAAGAGUAAACUGAAACAGAUCAUGGUGGAGUUGGAGAUGUCAAAGACUAUUGUAAAGAAUCUUGUACAAGACAAUAUUCCCAAUGAUUAUUUUUUGUCAAUCAUCCCUCUUGGAUUGGCUGUUAUCAGUGGUUUGGCUAAUGCUCACCAACUCCAAACUCAUGUAGAUGAUUCUGAAUCAGCAAGAGCUAAUGAAGAUCAGAAAGUGCUUGAAUAUUUAGAAGAAAAUGCAGUAAAGUUUCUGUCACAAAGGCAUCAUUUUAAAUUGACUGUUCAACAUAAAAAGUCAAUUAUGAUUUGGAAUGAAAUGAUCUGUUUGAAAAUUCAAGCAAACGACAUGAAACAGCACUGGCAAAAGACUCUAUUGGAAGCAUUUGAAAAGGAAAUAUCAUCACUUGACACAUGGAUUUGUGUUAAAAUCCUUGAACUUGGCAUAGAUUCUGAUUCCUUGUUUCAUAACUUGAAAGAAAGUCUAACAUCAGCAGCAUUUCAUGCGUUUCAGAAAGAAAUGAUGGAAACCCCCAAUAAGACAGUGCCAGAAACAAAAACAUAUGGAAGGAUGAUGUCCAAGAUGUUUGAAAAGCAGUGGCCAACAAAUGAAACUCAAGAGGAAAUGUUGCAUUUUGUUAGUACAUUCAGGCCAAUGAGACAGUAUUUUGAACGCUUCUCUGUAAAUUAUGUUCAACUGCAGCUGUGUUAUCUCUGA